UGUCUUUGAGCAGUGAAUAGCAACAGUAAGGUAUCCUUCAUCGUCUGCGGAGGUUUGAAUUUUCCUUUCCGUACUUUAACAGUCGUUAUAGUUCAUGUUUCACAAAAUUUCUGCAAUGAUUGAAAAUCUUUGUUAAUGAAGCAGUUGAAGAAUAGGUUUUUAAGACAAUAAUCUAUGAUUUUCUUUCAUAUUAAUAUAACUUAUGGAGUGCCCCUAAUCUUCUCAGCUAUGAAAAUUCAAUAAAAACUAUCAUCAUCUGAGUAUAUUAAAUAAUUUAUUAUUGAUUAUAGUGAUGUUAAAUUAAAUAUAAAAUUACUUAAUAAAUAUUUUGAAGUAAUAUGAAAGAGAAAUUAUGUUUAAAGAAAGAAUAAUAAGGUUAGAAAAAAAUUGAUUUUUUUUUUCAUUUAUCUAUUUGAAUAAUAUUAUUUUUUUAUUUAGUUAUGAAAUCUAUAUUAAAUUAAGAAUAAAAAUUAAAUUAUUAUUAAUUGAUAAGAAGUUUUUAUUUGACAAUACUAAGGAACUGUCAAUGAAACAUGAUCGGUCAUUGCAUCGAAUUGAUGAUGAAAAAAGUUUAAUUAAAAAUAAACAAAUUGAAAUUAAUUUACUUAAUCAAGAAAUUCAACAAAUACAAGAUGAAAAUAAAAAAUUAGAAAAUAUUAUUCUUCAAUAUCAACCUCAUUAA